AUGGCAGGAGCUUUGAAGGGUGAGCAUGCGCAGGGAGCGCAGUAUGCCUGCACUCUUCAUGACUUGGCAGCCCAGGCAGACGUGGAGCGCGUCUUCGUGGCGCGUCAUGCGUCUGACUUGAGUGCGGCGGUCUUCCGCUUGGCGCAGCAUGCUUUGUCUCUGCCUUUGGCCCCAAAGGCUCCAAUUAAUGCCGAGGUGAUGGCAGCGGCUUGUGCUUCUGUUGCAGGCUUGGCCGAGCUCGAGACUGGGAAGUCUCAUGUGCUCCGUGUGCUCGAGGAGCUUGCCAGGCAUGUCAUCAUUUUUCAAGCCUUUGCUUACAGCUUCAUUUCACGCACUGGGUUUGGCCAAAUCAAAGGUCUCGAUGAAGCCACUUACCGCAUGCAGGCUUCGUUGGCAGCUGCUGGUGUUUGGCUGCUUACUGCCUUUGGACGAUCAGUGGAUCAGAGCCUGAAUGCGUCCACUCUUUGGGAGUGGGCCAGUGGAGAUGCUCUGUAUGCUUGCUCUGUGGUGAGAAAUACCUUGACUUUGGAAGAACUUGCCGACGUGGCAUCCCCCCAUGGCUUCCAAAUUCCUGGCGAGUUGAGUAUUCUGCAGCGAUCCAUGGUGCAAUCGCUGCUGGGUCUCAGUGGCACCGACGUGGCGUUUUCUUUCGCAGACCAAGUGGAGGUCCAAAGACCUUCAGUGUAUUUGCUGCUGCAUCGUGCUCGAUUGGCAUUGGCUCUCUGCGAGACAAAUCUGGUGCCUUUGGUCUUGGACUGUCUGGAAGGCCUGCAGAUUUCAGCUGUUGAGCUCGCCAGCUUUCUUGGAAAGCUCUUGGGCGCUGAGCUGUUGGAGACGAAGGAAAUGGGCCAUGAGGAAGAGUCGGUGGAGGCCUGCCGCAUGGCGCUUGCAUUGUUUCGAGAUGGCCUGUCGGUCCACCAAGAGAGGCUUUGGGCAAUUCUUUCUAGUGUGCCUCCCAGAACAAGGUUGUUGCGAAGCUUCCUCCGUGAUUGCGCUGGGCUUGCUAUGGUCUUGCCUUCUGAGUGCUGCGUGGAGCUUCUCGCGUGCUGCGAACUCGCGCAAGACUCCAAGGACUGGGCGGCCUUGGCUGGUCUUUGCUGCAUCGCCAGUCAUGGAUCACUGGGCCCUGCAGAGGUUCCUCAGCUGUCUGGCAUUCUCAUGACCCUGAUGCUCGAGGAGAAAGAAGCAGUGCUGCAGCAGCUGCAGAGGUGGCCAUCAGUUCCGGGUCAAUGCGAUGCCUGGAAAUCUCUUCUACAGGAGCCAAAAGGUCCUCUGCAGUCGAGUGAUCUGCCCCCGAAACCUCCUCCGAGUCCUUUGGAAGCGAAGCACCGCCGACUUCUGGCAGUUGGCCUAGAGGCACAAGGGGACAGGAGCGGCACGUGCCCCUCUGAACAGUCUGAACACGCUUUAACGCUGGACAUUUGCCGCGUGGAUGAGGUCCGAUCAGGUGUCCUGCCAUUCAUCUCUGGCCCCUGGCGCUUUGACUGCUGCUCCUUUCUGCUUGGCCUUGGCGCUGGGAUUUGCCUCGUCGUGGUGAUCGAGGUUCGGUUUACCACCAAGUGGAGCUUGCUGGCCUGUGCUGACAGGCGAUCAGUGGCUCGAGCCCCUCAAGUGAGCCGGGCGACGCAAACCGCUUUACAAACUCUGUUGAUGCGCCACUCUCCCCUUGCUGCAGCCGACAUUGAGGGUGAGCUGCAGGAUCUGAGAGAGGAAGUGGAGGCGCUCCGCGCCGAAGUGCGGAGAUUGUGGAGAGCGGUUGCUGAGGUUUGGGGCUUGUUGGCUGACUCUGGGCGAGGGUUUGGAAGUGGGCGAGAUUCUGACUCGCGAGACAGUGGUGAUUUUGUGGGGGUGGGUUCAUCUGCGCAAUCUGCAUCUGGUUGCUCUGCCUUUCCUGACGCUGGCAAUCAGCGCGCGCGGGCGAGCAAUCAGUGCCCUACCCUAGCGAAAUAUUCCCACACUAGGUUGACCUGGCUGCAGAGGGAAGAGGUCUGUGACCAGAUCGGCAAGUUCCUGGCCAGGUCUACGGCUGGUGGACAUCGCGGCGGCAGUGGCAGGGAUAGCGUUCAGCGCUUGCGGAUCAUUGUGCGGGACUGCGUUGGCCAGAUCUACGCCCCUGUGAAGGUUGUGCGCGCUUGCAAGACGAACCAUCACGAGUGCGGCGACGCCAUCUUCGUUGGGUUGCCGUCAGAACGAGAAGCGAGAAGGGUGGCGCAGGCGGCUGAGCUCUUGUGGGUCAGCAGCUUAAACUUCGAGCAAAGUGGCGCAGGUCAGCGUGCCUCCAGCGAGAACUCGCCGAGACAAGGAACGGUGCCAGACCCCACCAGGAACAGCAACGAAAAGACGGCCUUCAAAGGUGCCGAUCUGAAUUACCUGCCAGGUUGGAGUGUAGCUGCCGAUGGUGACGAUCAAAUGGAGGACAUCGACGGCGCGAUGCUAUCGCUGACGGAGGAGGUUCUUUGGGGCAGCGACAACAACACCCGAAGCUUGCUGCAAAGCCGAAGAUUGCUCAGCGGCAGCCUCUUCUUGGUGCUACGUCAGCCGCUGGGGCCCGUGACCCGUGCGGAGUCAUCGGCUCGAUAUCCUUUGCUGGGCCCUGGAGUCGUUGCUGCAGCUCUUCAAGCCGGAGUCCCUCAUGCGAAUUUGGCGGCGAUGCAGGGACUACUUGCACAAGGUGGAAAGAUCAACAAGACCAAGGACAUCAACACUGGGGUCACUUUGGAAGCCUUCACCGACGAGGAGCUCAUGACGGAUCAGGAGAUGAAACCCGCAGAGCAAGGAUCUGGGUUGCAGGGUCAACACUCCGUUGGGCUGACGCUUCAGAAGCUGACGUCCAUUGUGGAGCUGCUGACAGAAGACAAGAAGAAGCGGACUGCGCAGUCGAAGCUGGAGACUGCUUUGGACGGAAGCGCGGCAGCAUCUUCAGACCUGCCGCUUCAUGGAACUGGCAAGAAAGCAGCAGCUGCACGACGAGCCCUUCGCAGCGCAGAUGAUGAUGUUGAUGAUGAUGAUGAUGCUCGAUCAGGCGUCGAUCGACCGGGGUCGGGGACCAUGGCAGCCGAGCUUGCUUUGGAGGAGUACAUCAGCAAGAGGCGCAAUGUCGGCAAGUACGGCAAAGACUCCAAGGACAGCAACACAGAGGGCGGCGGCGAGACCGAACCAAAGAGGAAAGCUCACCCCAAGCCGAAGCCAGAGUCACAGCCGGGAAACCCGGCGCUCCAGUUGCCCUACGUCAAAGCCCAGCUGCACUUGGCCGAUGGCAUUGCCCUACCCUGUUACGAAGAGAACUUUUCCCCCCUCGCCACGGCUGUGGUCCUGGAUGAGGACGUGUCUUGGAGAUGCGGCAGGACAUAUGGUGAAGUUCCAGUGGAUGCCAGUCUGACUGCAAAGCCGCUGGUGGCUGAUCGACUCACCUUUCCGCCAAAGCCCAGCUUCAACCCUCUGCCCUAUUUUGACAAGAGCACUGCAACCUUGUAUGAGCAACCGCUUACCCGGGGUAAGAAUGUUGAAGGGCUUCCAAAGCCUUCCAAUGUGCAAGUUCCUGCGUCGCCGAAGGAGAAGCUGAAAUUUAAAUUGUUUAAGAAGAUGGCUGAUGCAGGGCUUCUCCAACCUCUGCCCCCUGGCAGCUACAUCGACGGCUACCGGUCAGGCUUGUUUGCUGUCGUGAAAGAUGCUGAUCGGGACCGCAUGAUGCUUGAUGGCCGCCCUGCAAACUUAGUUGACCAAGGGCAGAAGAAGUGGUGCGAUGGUAUGGCAAGUUCAGCAGCCCUUGCAAGCCUUUACCUGCAGCCUGACCGUGUGCUCAUGUGUUCUGGUGAGGACCUACGAGACUACUUUUUUACCUUUUCAAUGCAAGGUCAAUGCAGAGCGUACUGCGAGAAAUGUGCUGCAAGGUAA